CAGAGCUACAUAUGAUUAUGAAAGGAAACUGCGCAUCGACCACUAUGAGUCUCUUCAGGUAAUGGAGAGGAACUACAUUUCCAUGGUUAGGGAGGUGGAAAAACUGCGUGCUGAAUUGACAAAUGCUACUAACCUUGAUAGAAGUGGUGCCAGUGCUUUAGGGGGCCCAUUUGGUACCAGUGCUGUACACAGGGAAAAUGAUUCAUCUGGGCAUCAUUCUGGUGGACAAAAUGCUUAUGAGGAAGGUUACAGAGUUUCGCAGGGACGUGGGCCUUCAAGUGGUGCAGCUUCAUAUGGUGGAGGUCCAGCUGGACCUGCUUCUGUCCAGGCUGGAUAUGAUGCACCCAGGGGCCCCACAUAUGAUGCCCCAAGAAAUGCAAGUUAUGAUGCAUCCAGGAUUGCCGGCUACGAUGCUUCCAGAGGCAGCAGCUAUGAGGCACCCAGAGGUGCUGGCUACGAGGCUCCUAUAAGAUCUGGAUAUGAUGCUCCUCGAGGAUCAGGGGUGCCUCAGGCAGCAGUUGCUGCUGGCAGCAAUGCUGCACCCUAUGGCUCAACACAGGCACCGCCUGCCUAUGGGUCAGCUCAGAUGCCAUCACCCUAUGGAUCGACACAGCCUCCGACCUAUGGAUCAGGGCAGACUCCAACUCGAGCAGGAGGUGGUUAUGAAGCACCUCGUGGUGGGAAUGCAGUACGAAGAUAAGCUUGAAUUCAUCCCACCAAGCAUUUUCUGGUUUUUUUACUAUGGAGAUUUCCAGAUGAUAAUUCCCUCCCUAUAAAACAUCACCGGUUUCAAGGAUUCCACCGUACUGACUUGAUGGAAGCUCUUGUUGAUGUUCCUAGAACUAGUGACUUACAGGAGGUGGAGAAUACUUGGUGAACAGGAAUGCACAAGCUGGUUAGUGAUCAGCUAGGAUUUUUUUAUGAGUAAUUAUCUUCUUCCAUUUGCUUACUAAAUUUCAAAUGUUUAUCCUUCUUUUUUUUCCCAUGCUCUUUAUGCUUCUCUGAAAUAUUAUGGGUUGCUGGCACGGAUAUUUUUGUUGUUUGAUGGCCUCGUGGGCAUAAGAAAACAUGCCUUGCACCUUGAUGCCUAUUCAUAGCGUUCCAGGUCUUGCCAUAUUACUGUAUCAGCAAGUUUGCACUAAUUUUUUUUUUUUUUUCCUUUCAAUAAUGUGAGUUGUGCUGUGUCGGUUUCAUUGC